CUGAUAUAAUAUUUAUUACCGAAGAUCGACCUCAUGAAAUAUUCAAAAGGAAUGGAUCUGAUUUAUUGAUGAAUGUUAAUAUAUUUUUACGCGAAGCACUUAUUGGCACUGUUCUCACUGUCAACACAAUUGAUGAAAGAAUACUUCGUGUGCCAAUCACAAAUAUAAUUACAGGAAACUACAAAAAAAUCGUAUCUAACGAAGGAAUGCCUAUGUCAGAAAAUCCAAAAGAACGUGGAUCGUUGUUAAUAACUUUUUCCAUUGAAUUUCCAAUUUACUUAACAAUUGCAAGUAAAAAAUAUCUGCAAAAGGCAUUCAAGACGUUAAAAGCUAAUGGAGAAAGCGAUAAUCAUAAUUCUAAAUUUAAUUUGGAAAAUAUUAAUCAACUAAUUUUGAAUGAUAAAAUUCAUAGGGAUAUAAAUGAUGUUUAAUUAGACAAAGAUCCAAAUGUCGACGUUGA